CCUCUCAUGUGAUCGCCAUUAAUGUCAUCUACUCCGACCUCCACCGCUCCCCAUUCACUUCCUUCACGUCAUACCUGCCCUAUCCCUUUCCUUUUUACUCCCCCCAUAAUUUUCUUUCCUUCUACUUCAACCCACCCAUGAAUCUACCUCCAUGAAAUAUCUCUCCUUUUUCCUCCUCAAGAACAGUCUCGGAGCCAAGAUGAGGAAGGGGAUUAGGAAUUUCUGCAACAGUGAUGCCUCCACCUCCACUCUCGACCAACACAACCCUGAUCGUGGUGGGGUCCCUUCUUGCAUCGCUACUCCGGGGUCGCUUAAUAAUACGGGUUCAUCGCAGAGUCCGCCGACGUUGGAGGAGAUGAUACUGCAGUUGGAGUUGGAAGAGGAGAUUGCGAGGAAGGAGAAGCUCAAUGAGUAUGCUGGGAUUCGGCCUGGAAGAAUGUCUUGUGUUAAUAAUUCGGAUAUUCUGCGGUCUGCGAGGAAUGCUCUGAAUCAGUACCCUCGAUUUUCUCUCGACGGGAAGGAUGCUAUGUACCGGAGUUCGUUCAGGAACUUCGGGAUUCAGGGAGGGAGGAGGUCGGUUUGCUGCGAUCAAGGACUUGCGGAGAGAUUCUGCCGUUUACCCCCGAAGCUAGCAGGGGAGAGCGUUGUCUGGUGCAAACCAGGGGUGGUGGCGAAGUUAAUGGGCCUAGACGCCAUACCGGUUCCGGUUACCCGAAGGGACAGAAAGGAGAAACUAAGUACGAUCAUAAAACGGCAAAAUCUGAGGAGGAGAGCCGAAAGGCAUGAACUUGAGAGAAAACUCGCCGUGGAUAUGACCGGCUGCGCCACCCUCGAAUCCUGUUCGAGAACAGGGUACUGUGUGCUGAAUCCAGUUGUCCUCGAACCAGCGAACGGCAGAGGAGGGGGAUGGCCAACACGAAAAUUUCUCUAGAUUUUUCAGAAACAAUAAUAGCGUUGUAAACAUUGUUGCGUUUUUCCUUUGGAUUUUGUAUGAUGAAGUUGGAAGAAAAAACAAAAAUCUGACAUUGCAAAUAACCCUUUUCAUCAUCUCUAGAGACAAUUCAGAAAACUAUAGUUUUUUUUCCCCAGGAAAAGUCUCAAUCAAUUCCUAGGUUUGAUUUCAAUUUCCAAUACAGAUUCAGGGACCUCUGAAGUCUGAACGAUGGCAAUGGGACCAGUGACAGAAGACCACAUGAUACAGAGUUACGGAGUUCUUGGGGGAAAGGCUAGGUGAAAACCAGGGUAGUUGAGGUAUUGAAUUAGACUGUUAAUUUCUGAGUACGACUAAAACGUACCAUCUUAA